AUGCAGCACAAAACUCCUGAAAAAUGUGUUGAAUCUUGUUAUAGGGCUCAUUUGGAGGCAAAUGCAGAGAAAUGGAGUAAAUUGCUGAUAUCAUUAGAAGAGCUUAUCAAAUGGCUGAAUUUGAAAGAUGACGAAUUAAAGAAGCAGAUGCCUGUUGGUGGAGAUGUUCCAACUUUACAGCAGCAAUAUGACCAGUGUAAAGCACUCAGACGUGAAUUGAAGGAAAAAGAGCAAGUCAUUUUAAGUGCUGUAGACCAAGCACGAAUGUUCCUUGCCGACCAACCAAUUGAAGGGCCUGAAGAACCAAGAAAAAACUUACACUCAAAGUCAGAGUUAACCCCUGAAGAAAAAGCACAGAAGAUUGCCAAAGCUAUGCGCAAGCAGUCAGUGGAAGUGAAAGAGAAGUGGGAAAGCCUGAAUACCUGUGCCAGCAGUUGGCAAAAACAGAUAGAUCAAGCACUAGAGAAACUGAAGGACCUGCAGUGUUCUAUGGAUGACCUGGAUGCAGACUUGAGAGAAGCAGAGAAUGUGCGAAACAAUUGGAAACCUAUAGGAGACAGGCUGAUGGCCUCAUUGCAGGAUGAAGUUGAUAAGACAACUGCAUUUAGAGAAGAAAUUUCACCAAUCAACUUGAAAAUCAAAUGCAUCAAUGACUUAUCCAGUCAGCUCUCCCCACUUGACCUUCAUCCAUCCUUGAAAAUAUCACGACAGCUCGAUGAUCUCAAUAUGCGAUGGAAACUUUUACAG